AGGCAGUCACGUGUCUGACUCUGCCGGAGCAGUCACCUGACUUCCCAUCAUAAAGCGGAUAACCGGAGCGUCCGCCUGCAUUGCAGUCAACAUCGGACCACCAGCCUUCAAACAGCGCAGUCAUGCUCCUCCUGUCGGUUCUUUUUCUCUCUACAGCUGUUGCCAGUCCUCUGCUUGGCAUCGAGCAGUGUGCCCGCGGCCCCCCGUAUUGGUGUCAAAAUGUGAAGACUGCAGACCAGUGCAAAGCUGUGACUCACUGCCAGCAGAACGUAUGGAACCAGCCCCAGAUGAAAUCUGCACCCUGCGACUUGUGCAAAGAGGUCGUGAUGGUGGUGGCUCAAUGUCUGAAAAACAAUGCUACUCAGGGUGAAGUUCUUGUGUACCUGGAGAAGGCCUGUCAGCUUGUUCCUGAUCAGGGUCUGGCUGCUGAGUGCAAGGAGAUGGUUGACCAAUACUUCCCCAUCCUUAUGGGCAUCAUUGUUGGAACACUGGAAGAUCCAGGUGUGGUGUGUGGAGCUAUGGGCUUGUGCAGGUCUCAGCAAGCAGCACUGGCUGAGCUGAAGAAGCUCAAGCCACUGGAGUCCAAUGAAAUCCCGAAGGUGGACCUCGCCAAGAGCGUCUCGCCGUUCCUUAUCAAUGUGCCCGAGCUCCUCUAUCCUCAGAAGAGCCCCAAGAAGGAGAGCUCCAAACCAAAGGGAACUGAAGAAGUGUGUCAGGACUGCAUGACCUUCCUGGCCGACGCUCAGUCCGAGGCCAAGGCCAAUCAGUCCUUCGUCGACACUCUGAUCGAGAACAUGGAGAACCAGUGUGACAACCUUGGGCCUGGCAUGUCAUCAUUGUGUAAGCAGUACAUCAGCCAGUACGCAACCACCAUUGUCGAGCUGCUCCUGGUCACCCCACCUGAAAAGAUUUGCUCCAUCGCUGGUUUCUGCGGGGCGACAAACAAGUUUGCCGCCUUCCUGGAGCUGCACAAUGCCAAGACUCGUCCUGCUGCCAAGACCAUCCCUGCUAUGGAACUUGUUCCUGCGACUAAAGUGGAGUCCAACGUGCGCAUGGUGAGGGUCCGGGAGUCUCCGUCAUGUGCCAUCUGUGAGUUUGUUAUGAAGCAGCUGGAGUCAAUGCUGGAGGAUGAGAGCACUGAGGCGGAAGUGAUCGAAGCGGUGGAGAAGGUGUGCACAUACCUGCCGGACUCUCUGACCGCUCAGUGCAAGGACCUGGUGGAGACUUACGGCAAAGCCAUCAUCGAACUCCUGGUGCAGCAGGCCGACCCCAAGUCGGUCUGCACCGUCAUCGCUCUCUGCAACGGCUCUCGCCGCACGUUUGUCCCUGCACUCCAGCAGUCACGGUUCAAGGAGGGAGCCUACUGCAAGGUGUGCAAGACGGCGGUGGCCUACAUCGACAGCAUCCUGGAGAAGAACGCCACCGAGGCCCAGAUUGAGGAGGCGGUGAGGAAAGUGUGCAGCUUCCUGCCGGACUCAGUGCAGACCGAGUGUGACCAGCUGGUCCAGCAGUACGAGCCCAUGCUGGUGGAGCUGCUGCUUCAGAUGCUCGACCCAGACUUCGUCUGCCUGAAACUGGGGGCUUGUCCCGAGGCACGCCGCCCCCUGCUGGGAACGGAGCUGUGCACCCGAGGGCCUGGCUACUGGUGUAAGAGCAUGGAGACGGCUCUGCAGUGCAAUGCCGUGGAUCACUGCAAACGCCACAUGUGGGUAUAGAGGACGCGGCGCGUGCAGUCUGGGAUCUAACAAAGAGUUUUACUGUGGGACUGCUGCCCUCUUAAUCUUUUCUUUAACUAGAAUUUUAUUGACCGCUGUUUGUAACUUGAUGAAGGCUGGGCCACGCAGGACGGUCUGACCGGACACGACGCCGCUUCUGUGUCCACUGGAGAUUUUCAUCCUUCCAUUUUUGUGUUCGAGUGCUCUUCAGAUUGCAGGUUUAUUUGAGUUCAAUUGUAAAAAUUCAUGGCUUUUAGCUGACGGGUUUGGUAGCAAUUUUUCUUCUUUUCUGUUUAAUGUUGUUGAGUGGCUUGUCUCUUUUGCACUCACUAAUGUGAAUUUAUUUUUUUUUUUUAACACUUUGAAUCUGAUCAUUUCCCCUCGGCACACUGACCUGUUUUCCAACUAUUAAACAGAUUUCCAUCCACUUGGAAA